CUGGGGCUGGGUGGGGCCCGCGCAGGCGCAGUGCGCCGGGGGCGCGCGCCCGCUUCACUGACGUCAAAACAGCUCGCGACGGCGGCCGCGGUUGCUGCGGAGCGGCUCCCGGUGUCCCUCGGAUCCCAGCGUCCUUCCGAUCCCGGUGUGCCGCCCAUCCCGGACCCACCGGCGCGGACAUAACGCGAAACUUAAAGGCACUUCUGGAUUCUUCGUGCGGGAGAAACCAGUUCAAGUUUGGCGCGGGGGGGAGCACGGAGCAACUCUCUGCUUUCUUGUAAUUGUGCCUUGAUCUUCCUGUACAUCCAUCAAAUUUCACUUUUCGAAUCAUGGAGGGAGAACAGAUUAUGGAGGGACAGCCACAGGUUCCGGAAAAUCCUCAUUCCGAAUACGGCCUCACUGAAAAUGUAGAGAGGAUAGUAGAAAACGAGAAACUAAAUGCUGAGAAAGCAUCAAAGCAGAAGGUAGAUCUUCAGUCAUUACCUACACGUGCCUACUUGGAUCAGACAGUUGUACCCAUCUUGCUACAGGGACUUGCUGUUCUUGCAAAAGAGAGACCACCCAAUCCCAUUGAAUUUCUAGCAGCAUAUCUUUUAAAAAACAAGUCACAAUUUGAGGACCGAAAUUAACUCCAUAAAAAUGAGGACAGUUUGGCUGCUAGACUGAAAUGCUCAUUUGCCGCUAUUUGUUUUCUGCUGUAAAAAUCCUUUGGCCACGUUGUUGUCUUUCUUAACUGCACAGUUUGCUUUAUCUUUUGAGUUUAUUUAAUAAAGAACACUUUACAUUUAA